AUGAAAGGUGAAUUUUUUCACUUAUCUGGAAAAUUUAGAAGAACGAGUGAUUGUGGUAAGCUGCAAGUAACAGGAGAAGUUAUUCAUUCAAAAAUGUAUCGUAUCAAUGCCACCUUUAUAGCUGAAAGAGACCCAAUUCGGAACGCCAAUGUAGACGCAACGUCGACAGUAUUUGCUGUAAUACAAAUUGGUCUCAAAGGUGGCAUUUUUCAAUACACAAAUGCGCUAAAAAUUCUUGGGAAACCGCAUCAGAUACUCAAUUUUGAAGAAGCAUUCUUCUGUUAUCGUGGUUCUACUCUUGUGGACCAGGACAAAUGUAUGUUGUGCGAGCGUGGUAGCUAUCACAAUCUUUUAUCAAACAAAUGCGAACCGUGUGCACGAGGCAAAUUCCAACCGAAAUCCGGAAGAGUUAGCUGCCUCAAAUGUUACGAAGGUUUUACAACAGUGAUGAGCGGAUCAAUCAGCAAAAAUGACUGUAUUCAUGAUUGUCCGCGUGGUCAUUAUUUGAACAAUGCUUCUUCAAAGUGUAAGCCUUGUGGAUUUUUCGCUUAUCAGCCGACAAAUGGUAUGACUUCAUGCAUUCCAUGUCCAGCAGGAACAGUUUCUUAUACGAACAGUGCUACAUCAGUUGAACAAUGUCUAGAAAAUUGUCCAGCUGGACAUGAUUAUUCAUCUGAUGCUACAUGUAUGCCUUGCAAUCGAGGAUUUUAUAAGCCGUCAACAGAUUUAAUAUGUAAACCAUGUAAAGCAUCAACGACAACUGAAGGGUUCGGAUCAACAAGUGAAAAUUCAUGCAUUUUGACGAGAUGUAGGCCUGGUUAUUAUUUGAAUCAAGAUUUUGGGCAGUGUUUACGUUGCGGUCACGGUUAUUAUCAAGAUGAAAGUGGUUCAAGAAAUUGUAAAAAAUGCCCUCUGGGCACUACAACAAGGAUGUUUGGAGCUAAAUCUAUAGAAAAUUGUAAAUCAACAAAUCAGUGUGCAACAGGCGAGCACAAAUGUCACUGGUUGGCGGCAUGUUUCGAUUUACCUGAUAUUGAUAACAUUCCUUCUUACAGUUGUAAAUGUCAGCCGGGUUUUAUUGGUAACGGUUUUGAAUGCACAGAUAUUUGUUUUAAUCUAUGCUUGAAUGGUGCUAGAUGUAAGAAAAAUUCUCGAGGACAACCAAAAUGUAUAUGUCUCAAUGGUUAUGAAGGUUUUCGAUGUGCAUUUCGGAGGUCAAAUGGUAUCAAUUUGGAUGAUCGUAUAUAA